CGUUCAGACCUCAAGAUCGAGACGGAGCUGGAAAGCAGGCCAGGCGGGUCAAAGUCCCCACAAGGAGGCAGGCCCAGGGCCUUGCUGUGUCAUCCAGGCUGGCCUUGGACUAAUGGUGAUCCUCCUGCCUCAGCCUCCCGAAGGCUGGUACUACAAGUGUGCGCCACCACACUCCUCGUGGCCCCUCGGAAGAGGACUCAACUGCGCUGUUUGUGGGUUCCUCUUGGAUCCGAAUGCUGUGCCUCGCCUCGGGGGAAGAAGCUGGGCGCCUUGAAGGGAGGGUCUCUCAUGGGUGAGGGGCUCAGAGAAGGUGGGUCAGGUCCGCUGGAGCAGCCUAGGUGCGGAGGGCCGGGGCGGGAAGCGGCAGUGACCGGUUCUUCCUCAGAUCGAGGCUCCCCCAGCAGCCGCAUCCUCUGGCGCCCAGCUGAGGACAGACUCUGCUCCAGGUGCGCGCGCUCACACGCAGGCAUGUGCCGCCGUGUGCGUUCGAGCAUAUGGGUGUGCGUGGACGGACGCCCCGAGCCCCUGUGGCCCGGCCUCCUGCCCCGCCCCGCCUCCUUAUCUCCAGGCGCAGCGCUGGGGUCCCCUCCCUCUCCCUCGCCGCGGUGGCCCUGUUAGCGCCUCCUCCCUCCCUUGUUAGCGCCUUACAGCUCCCCUCCCCCUGCCCCUGCAUCCCCGAGAGGCCCCGUGGCCGGCAGCCCAGUUCUCGCCUUCUCAUUCAACCCCUGGACUUCGGCUUCUCCUUUUCGAGGCUUGGUUCUCCGCCCAGCCCCGCAGCCCCCCGCCCUCUCCUCCCACCCCCCUACCCUGUGUCCACGUGGACGGUGGAAGGGGCUGGGGGAGGCGGCCCUGUGCUAGGGUCAAAGCUAAGACCCCCCCCCCCCCCCCACUAAAGUGCUCCUGUAGAUCCGUCCUCUGCUGCCCGCCGCCCUCCAGGGCUACUGUUCCCAGGCUGAGCCCCGGCUGCGGGGACACAGGGUGGUCUUGUGCCCGGGGCCAGGCUGCCAGGCCUCCGGGACUACCAGCUUCCUCUAUCGAAGGGCUCCUUCCCCUCGGGCUUUGAAGUGUCUUUGAGGUUCGUAGAGGAUGUUUGGCUUCGGGGCCGAAUGCCAGGAUAAACUCCUUCUGCCUGCCCAGCCAAACCUCGGUCUCCUCACGGCCAGGCUCGCCCGCCUCCCCCAGCCCUGGACCCGGCCUCCUCCAGGCUGGCACUGCCCGGCCUGCCCAGGAGGCGGGCACCAAGGCGGCUGUUAUGUCACCAGGGAGAGCCCCUCAAGGCAGUGGGCAUCCUAGUCCCGAGCUGAGCUGGCACUGGGCACCUGUAGGUCAGGUGACCCGUGGGGCCGCUGUGGGUGCGGGUGCGGGUGGGGGAGGGGUGUCCACGUGGAGCUGCCUGCAGAGGCCGAGUGGCUCCAGAUGCGGAUGACUCAUCUGGAAUGGGAAAGGGUGGGCGGCCGUGGGGGGAUGUGGGCCUGGCACCUCUGCCAGCAGCUGCUCCCCAUCCUCUGGAGCCCCUCAGACCCCAGGGCAGGUGACAGAGGAGCUGUUCCGAUGUGGGGCUUGCUGGGGUGCAGAGAGGAAGGAGGAGAGGAGCCCUCAGGGUGAGGGCCAGGCGGGGAGAGGGAGGAGAGGGUGGGGAGCACAGUGAGAAGCCCAGCACCCACCCUCUGUGUGUGGGUGCGUUGGCCUCAGUGCUGGCGUGCAGUGCACACACGGGGUGAGGCCCUGCUUCGUGUCUGACAGGUGGAAGGUGGGUUUUGGAGCUGGGGGCCCUGGACACGGCAUCUGCAUUGUCAUUGGCUCUGGGGGACAGGAGGCUGCUUCGAGAUGUGCAUAAGCUAAGUCCCUGGAGCCAGGGCCCCAAAGGUGCUGGCUUCCUGUAACCCCUCUAGGUCCUAGUGAUCUCUCCUGCCCCAGGGGCCAGGGCGUGGGCUGGUGCCUGUGAGCAGCAGUGCGGCAGCUCUGGCCUCCAGGUGGCUUGGCUGGCAGGGCCGCAGCCACUCCCUGGAGGGACCCACCUGUGCCAGCCGCACCGGCCAGGGUAAACAGGGCAGUAAGUGUCUGGGCGUGUGCCUGGCCAGCUGGGCGCCGCUCCACACACGGGCUCAGGUCGGCCCGGCCCGCCUCCACCAGCCCCACGCCAGGGCUGAGCCCUGAGCCUGGAAACAGUGUCAGGGGCCAGGGGGCCUUGAGCAGAUGAACAAUCAAGGUUACUUUGCAGAUGACCUGUCACCUCUUCCAAGGUGGGGAGCGAGAAGGCGUCCGUCCCCUCGUGGCAGGGCUCUGACCUCUGCUAAGUGGCCAUGGCAAAUCGUUGUCAUCCGUCACACACAUGCACAUGUGCUCACCUUGCUGUUGCGUUUCCGCCUGUUCACAGUCCAGAGAGAACGAGCCCCAUCCCUGAAACCCCCUGAAGGACGCAGGAACUGGAUGUGUCCCUGUCCUCCAAACUGCGAUGUGACCAUCCAGCCCUGUGGACCCCUGGGUGUCUCUGGCCCUCCUGGGACGCAGGCUCCUGGGGCCCCCUGUCCUCUCCCCUCUGCUCCCCUGGGGCGCUGAUUUCCCAGCUCCCCCCUGGGCCAGGCUGCUAUGUCCCCAGCCCACAGGACAGUCCCUCAGGGAGGACAGGACACUGAGGGUGGAAGGAGGGCACCCAGAAGAGUGGCAAAGAGCCGGAGGAAGCCCUGCCACUCCUCAGCCUGGAAAGAUGGGCAGCAGGUACCCCUCCUGUCCUGGGCAGCAGGCACAACAGAGCGGGAAGAGAGGUGUCCCGAGACUGCCCACAGGCAGAGGCCCUUCACUCCUGUGGGUGAGGGGACAGGGCGUGGCCACAGAGCCAGCAGGCAGCUUGCAGGUAACGUGGCCUGUGGGUCCCCCGUGGAGGGGGAGGGGCGGCCAGGCCAGGGCUCGGACAGUCCAGAUUAACUGGGAGACAACGCAUCACCUCCUGCAGGUGGGGAGGCCUGCUGCCACUGCCUCCUGGCUGCUGGAGCCCCGGCCCCGGGCAGCGCCCACCCCACCCCACCCCACCUCCCUGUCUCCUCUUUCUGUGACCCUCAUCCUCUCUCCAUUUUCCUCUGUGUGGCAUGUCUUUCCACCUCUGCCCUCUUCCCUCAUUCCUUCUAUUUUGCCUUUCCUCCUUCCCUUCUCUCUACUCCUUAGGGUGGCAGGGGCUGGCUUUCCAGAACGCCAGGCGACUUCAUCCGGAGAGGCCUUGGCCCAAGUUCAUGAUCUCAAAAUAGCCCUCUCAGGUCCCCAUUUUCUUUGCCUGGGCCUCCCCUGGGAAGCCCCCUGCCUGGGGUUCCUGAGCCUGGCAUUGCCAGGUGGUGUGGAUUCUCUCUCUGUCUCUCUCGUCCCUCUUCCUCUCCUUUCCUCUCCAUCUCCCUGGAGAAGGCAGUGCCCGGGAGCCUAGAAUCUGGCCUCCAUCUCUGGAUGACCAGAUGCUCACUGUGCCCAGGACCAUCCAAACCUAUGCCAUGGCUUGGCUGUGAUUUUUAACAGUGCCCCAAAGUAAAUGGCUUUGGACCUCAAAUUAUGCCCGGGCCCAGCCUCCCCCAUGCCCCAUGGGUCCUGGAAGAGCUGGAGGCCCUGUCUGGGCCUCGCCCAGGCACAGUAGAGCCAGACAGCACAGAGGGGAGCUAGAGCUAUACAAAUCGUCCCGCUUGGGGGCCCCCAGCUUUGGGCAGGGCGGGCCUGCUUGCUGGUGAGGGCAGAAGGAGAAUUGUGGUUGCCCCCAAGCAGAAUGUAAUUUAGGAUUUAUUUUGGGGCACUCUCUCCAGCUUUGGGUGGGGCUGAGGUCAAUGUAAGGGUUUAACGGGGUGAGGGGUUUGGUAGGACUGGAGAGAGGGGGAGUCCUCUCACCCCACCCUGUUUGGAAGGGGGGCCCUCCCCAAGACCCCUGACCUCCAGGGUCCCUCCGGUCCCUCUGUCCCCUCCACUUUUAGCAAGGGCAGCAGUGCACUGUCCCCUCUGAGGCUCGGGGGUCUGGUCGAAGGCCCCAGCUUCUGGCAGCCUUCUGGGAGGUUGGGGGAUCCCUCAGCUCAGGUCAGGGUGUCCACCUCCUGUCCCUCCCAGAGCUGCAGGGGCGUCAGGCUGGAGGGAGAAGGCAGACACUGCCUGGUCUGAUGGGGGUGGCACAAGCUCUGUCUCCAGGGAGACCUGGGUCUGAGGGGAGCCAGGACCCAGGCCCUGCCUUCAAAGGGAGGCCGGUCCUCAUUGUCAGUCUUCGUUUAUGUCUGGAACUUAAUCCCAGUCACGACAGGGACUCCCUUCUGUCUCCAGCACUGGCCUGGUUCGUCUGUCCUGGAAUAAUGAGCUGGGAGACAGCACCAGAUCCAAAGGCCUGGGCUGAGAGGCGGCGGUGGACGUCUGAAGUCCUCUGCCUGAUGUGGCCACUUACCUUGACCCUGCCUCCCUCUGCCCAUCCUCCCGGGUUACCUGCUGUCCACUGCUAUGUGCUGCUGCCCAGUCUGGACCCCUUCCACCCCACACCUUCCUGAACCACACUUUCCUCCCGCACUUGCCCGGUGGUGGAUUCCACUGGGGACCUCCAGGUCCACACAGAGGCGCCUCCUCCAGGAAGCCCCCAGCUCCUUCUGACGGGCCUGGCUGUCACUUCUCAUGGGCCUUGGGGCUCUUGGCUGCUCUCUCCUUUAGCCAUAAGCCCCCAGGUGCCCGGAUGCCCUGGAGCUGUCCUGAGCCUGGCAACUCGUGGGGGCUCAUUUGGAGGAAGGAGGUGCUUGGGGACAGGGUGGUGGUGUUGCUCCUCUCAGGGUGAGUCUGGCGAGAGGCAAGUGUCAAGUGUCGUGGUUGAGGGGAGGGAGGUCUCAGGGGCCAUUCCUAAGGGCAGCCAGGAGCCGAGUAGGGAGGGGAUGGACCGUGUCCCUUGCUCAAUGGCAGAGAGAAAGCAUAAUGUAAGAGAGGCUGGGAAGGGUGAGGGGACAUCGGAGCCAAGGGAGGCAGGGGCUUCUAGGUCACUAGACCAUGUGUCCCUCCUCUGGCCCUGGCCUGUGUCACCCUGGCCUUUGACACUGCUGGCUGUGCCUCCCCUUCUCCUGGGGGCCUCAGUGGCUCUGAUCAAGUCCUUCUCCAGCUCUUUACAGGCUGUUCCUUUGCCAUCUUUCCCCAGAUCUGGGCCCAGCCUCCUCUCUGGGGGUCAUCAGGGCACCCCCGCUUAUUCAGCCACCUCAGGUGCAUCCCAGUUUGGAUGCCACGGGGACAACGGAGCCACCCUGCUCCCUAGUGUGCUACCAGCAGCCAGCGUAUGGGCCCCUGGACCUCAGCGUUCUGGCACCAGUCACCAGGUCUUGUGGCUUCUGUCUCUUCCAUCUCUGUCCAUCUGGCUGCCUCUUUCCCCCAGAGCAGAGACCACGAUGGGCUGCAGCCAGGCCUGGGGCAGAGAGGUGAGGCACCAUUUGUUGAUGGAACAUUCAUCCCCGAGACUCGAAGGCAAGACAGGGGCAGCAGAUGGCUUCCCUGCAGGCAGGACCUUGGAGAGGCAGAGGGGCGAGGCAGGUUCCAGGCCUGGGGAAGGGGCAGAACCUUGGUUGGGGUUGGUUAGGGUGGGGCCGCUCACUCUCCGGAAGUUUACCUCCCCCCAGGUGAUGCAGAGAAUUCCCAGAGCUCCAGCUCCGGGCCUUGGGGCAGAGAGAAGCUCUGAGCCCCUCUCCAUUUUCAGUGGCAGCCUGGGCUCAGAUGGGACAUCGCUCCCAGGUUCCAAGCCAUGCUGGGAGAAGAAUGCUGCCCCCAAGUCUGUGGACAGCCUCCAAGUGGGGAUCUUCUUGGAGAAUUUGUUUUCUACCCCAAAAUUCAUAGACAUAUACUUCCUUCCCCUACUCUGUCCUUGUACUUUUUUUGUUGUUUGUUUGUUUUUGUUUUUGUUUUUGAGAGAGUCUCACUAUGUAGCCCAGGCUGGCCUUGAACUCAAGGUGAUCCUCCUGCCUCUGCCUCCUGAGUACUGGGAUGACAGGGCUGUGCCACCAUGCCUAGCUGUCCUCGUAUGUUUUAAUAUCAAAAUAAUGCUCGCAAUCACUUACCCUUGGAAAAAGCCAGCUGCUUUGGGGAGACAAGGCUAACGGUAGGCCUGGGCUGUCCUUGCCUGCUUCCUGGGUCUGGGUCUGGCCCUCCGUGCUAAAGCUGUCCAGGAAAUGGGGUAGUGAGCCUGGGAGCCUCGCCUCGAGACAGUGGCCACUGAGACACAGUGUGGGAUGUGAAGUCGUAAUGAUUCACACUUGGAACCUCAGGUUCCAGGCUGGAUGCAGGCACAGGGCCCUCCCUAGGCUCCUCUGGGAAAGCAGAAGCAGGAGGAGGCAGCACCCCAACAGGGCCCCCAUCAGCUUCCUGGGAGCAGGUCAGGGGUUGGGGUCCCGGGCGUGGCUGCCCCCUCCCAGGGAGAGGAAAGGGUGAGCUCAUCCUCGGGCCCAGGCAGAGCCAGCGGGCAGGAGACAUAAUUAAAAUGCCAGAGGUUAGGAGGUGAAGUUACAAUGGAAAGAAUGAAGCCCGCGCUGCUGCCGCUGCCGCUGCCGCUGCCGGCUGCCUCUCCCACCCGCUCCCGCUGCCAAGCCCACAUUUGAUUUUUAUUUCGGGAGCCGCCAGCGCAGCACUUGGGAGGGAGCGCAGAAACCUCAGUCCGCAUGGCCUGCCACGUCUGGAGCUGGGGCCUCGUGGGGGAGGCUCCUGGGGCCAGAGGAGGAGCUGGGGGGUCCUGGCCAUGCCCGGGCAGGGGGCACCAGGGCAGGGUAGCUCGGGAGGCAAAGAACGAGGCUGGAAAGAACGAAGGCUGUUCUUCGGUGCCCAUCAGCCUUGCCCUCUGCCUUAUGCUUUCGGGGCUGUGGAGAAAAAGCUCAGCCUUUCCGCUCCCAGGUUCGGCUGGGUCUUCCGGUGCCCCCUGACACGCACAUGUAUGUGGGAGGCUUCUAACCGUGUUCUUGUUCUCCAUGGCUUGCUGUGUGCCCCAGGGAAAGUCACUACGCCUCUCUGGACCCCAGUCAUCUCCAGGAAAUGGGAAGGUUGGUAAGAUAAGCAGUUUCACCCAGCUCUGCAGAGGCGUCCCUUCCCGAGUCAUCUUCUGGGCACAUCUCGCAGCUGCCCCAUCCCUCGAAGUGCUGGAGCCCCUUCUCGCAGACAGGAGCUGCAAGGCCAACUCUCGUUUUCCUGCUCUCGGCUUUCUCCCGGCCCAUAAUGCAGUCCAGAUGGUUCGCCGCCAUCGGAAAGCCGAGGCAGCAGAUUCCAGGGAAAGUGGUUGGGCUCCUCUCUCUAUGGUGGAGGGGCCGGGAAAACGGAGUAUGGGGGUGUGUGGAGGGAGACCCCGGAGGCACCUCACUGCCAAAUAAGGGGCUGGGGACAGCGGGAGAGACGGCAGGGCUGGGCCACAGAGGCAGAGCAGCCCAAGGACUUCUGGGAUUCCUGCAAGGCUCUGCCUGACUGCUGGGGCCCGGGACCCUGGGCGGGGCGAGGGCUGCCAUCCUGAGUGUCCAGCUUCAGAGAAAGAGCCAGAUGCCCCUGGUUCAAAUCCCGGCUCUGCCAUUGUGUGGGGCGUUUGACUUCUGCGAGCCUCAGUUUCUUCACCUGUGAAAUGGGUUGAAAUCAGGCUGCUCUCAGAUGGCUGUGAAGGAGACACGGGGUAGUGUAAAGGGCUCCCCACCCUGGGGUGUUUGGGAAGAGCCUUGCGGUGGCGGGGGACGCUUCUAGUACACAGCUUGCCUCCUCCUUAGGCCGCAGCCCUGUGCGCCCGGAGCCCCUGUCCUAGGUCAGCCUCCUGUCUCUCCUGUAUAGCUUCCUGGGUUCUUCGAGGACUCCCAAGGGACUUGAAGUCACCCUUUGAGCCCGUUCUGGGGACAAGGCUGCAGGGAGGCGCUGUGAGCCCAGGCUGAAGCCAUUGCCUCCGUUGGCCUCGACUCAGCCCAGGCCGAACAGCGGACUCCUGCCCCAGCCACGCUGAGAGAAGCUGGACGGCUGGUGAGGGGAGGGCUGGCAGUCUCCCCUCUACUCCCUGGCCCAGACAGCCUCCAGCCUUGCUUGCCACCCCGCCUCACUGUACAAGGGGAGCGCUUCGAUUUUUCCAGCAGGCAGCCCAAGCGCCAAAUGAGAAACAAAUCCGGCUGGAGCUCAAGGCCUCCGCCUGCCCCUGUGCUGAGCCUCAGUUCCUCAUCUUGUGCUCCAGGACUCAGUGUAGAGGCUGGGCUAGGGCGGAGGUCAGGGGGACCCUCACUCCCCAUCCUCAACAUUGGGGGCCAAAUCUGGGCGCAGAUCUGUGGCUCCCCACCCCAGCCCCACAAAAGCCUGGGCAGAGACAGCGCCUCCGGGUCCACACUCCCAGGCUUGCUGUGUGGGGGAGAGGGGCAGGCUGGGGUAGAGACACAGCCGCUGCUUUCCAAGGUCCCAGGCCAGACCCACCCGACACUGCACCCCACUCCUCCACCCCUCACACCUCAUCUCCGGCCACUACCAGGACAGAGAAGCUGCACAGGGAGCCAGGCAGUUCCCCACCCACAAGCCUGUACACCUGACAGGGCGCCCCAGGCUUUGCUCCCCCGGCCUGUGCAGCAGUGUCCCCUCCUGUCCCAAGCCCACCUUCUGCCAGGGCCACGGUCCCUCCCUCCCGCCUCUGCCAUCCACUUGUGGUUUCCCUGGGCAGCCCACGCCUCCCACUCUCUGAACUUCCAUCCCUCUGACCUGCAAAUUCACACUGGGGUCCUCCACCUCCUUGCACACGGGAACCUCUGAGUCACCCUCUGGCUCUCUCCCUUCCCCUCCCAGCCACACUCUGGAUAAGAGUGGUCUCUAUUUCUGUCCUCAGCAGGCCCCUGUCUGGCUCACAUUGGUGCCCUGGGAGGAACCACACCCAAUAAUAAGGGCAAAUCACACCUAGGCCAGCUCCAUUGUGUGGAGAUAAUUACCUGUGCUCUGGCUGCCGGAAGGAAUUAAACGGUCUGAAAGAACAAGACACGGACCAGAGCCUGUAGGACCCACCCCACAUAAUGGCCAGCACCGGGUAAAAAAUUGCCAGACAGCUUUUUCUCUUCUUCCUCCUCUUUCUUCUCCUGCCUUCCUCUUCUCCUUUUUCUUCCCCUUCUCCAUCUCUUCUUCCUCCUCUUUCCUUCUCAUUCUUUUCUUCUCUCUCUUUCCCUUUCCUGUCCUUCCUCCCUCUCCCUUCUCUCCAGAAUCAGUUCAGUACAGAAGCCCUUGGUGUGGAGACUGAGGCAUGGUGCCCUGGAGCCUGCCCAGAAUUGGGGCUCCAUGUGGCGGGUGCCCCAGGGCCACCCCAGGAGCCAGGCAAGGUCUGUAUGACAUGGGGUCGGUGGCAGGGGGACAUUGGCUAAAUAAGCUAGGACUGACCGUGUAUGCAAAUACGAUCCUCUCAGCACAAGUAUGCUGGGGUUUUUACAGUUGAUGGUGAGUUAUAAAUAUGGAGAAGGAGAAAACAGGAGUGAACUUUUCAGUGUUCCUGUCUGCAGUCUUACCCAUUGCAUCUGAAUUGGAGGUCUUGGGGAGAAUUUGCAUGUAUUUCCUUGCCUCGUCCAUGGAAAAGAACUGGCCACAGUGACGUCUUAACGUAACAAGCCACAGCUACCAUGCCAGCCUUCAUUUCUCAAUGCCAUUGUCCACUGAGGGAACCAGGGCUCCUUGGGAGAUGGCUGAUUACAUGGUUAGGGCCAGAAAAGUACAUGAUAAGCCUGCAUCAUCUUGUGACAGAAAGUAAAGAAAUGCUUGGAUAUGAUUAAACAGAAUUACCAUAUGACUCAGCAGUUGCAUCCCUGAGUAUACCCAAGGGAAGUGAAACCAUGCAUCCACACAAAAACUUGUACAUGAAUGUGUGUAACUCUAUUUAUAUUAGUGAAAGGGUAGAAACAAGUCAAAUGUUCAGCAACUGAUAAACGAAAAAAUGUGAUCUAGGGCUGGGGAUUUAGCUCAGUGGUGCUGCCACCUGCCUCGAAAGUGCAAGGUCCUGAGUUUGAUCCCUGGUACCAGAAAAAAAAAGUGAUCUAGCCAUACAAUGGAAUGCUAUUCAGCCAUGAAAAAGGAAUGGCAUACUUGUACAUUAAGCAGUGAAGUAAUAUGUAAUAUUAAGAGGUACUUAUACAAUCUGUAUAGGCCUCAAAAACAUAUAACUAAAAGAAGUUAACCGCAAAAGCCCAUCAAUUAUAUGGUUCCAUUUAUAUAAAAUAGCAAGAAUGCAAUACUUCAUAGAGACAGACAGUAACUUAGUGAUGUUAGGGGCCAAAGUGGGCACAGAAGGGUGGGGAGAUGAUACGUAAAGGUUAUGAGGCUUAUUUUUGAGAUGAUGAAAGUGUUCUAAAAUUAGCUGGUGUGCAUUCUUGUAAUCGCAAAACUCAGGAGGCUGAGACAGGACGAUCACAAGAUUGAGGCCAGCCUAGGAUACACAGGGAGUCUGAGGUCAGCCUGGACUACAUAGUAAGACCCUGUCUCAACGAGUGCUUUAAAACUGUGGUGAAUGGCACACGUCUCUGAAUGUGCUUUGCUAGGGUUUAUAUCUGGAUGUCCCCCACAGCCUGAUGGGAUCAUAGCCAGGACCUUUGGAAGAUGAUUGGAUGAUGGGAUGGUGUAGCUGGCUUUCUGUUAGGAGAUAGGAACAGGCAGGUCACUUUGGGAAUGACUCAGAAAGUUAGGUCUCCCUUCCUCAACCCUCCCUUGACUCUCUGCUUCCUGUCCCCCACGCCAUGAGCAGCUAUACUCCACUAUGCUCCUCUGCCAUGCUGCCUGACUCGGAGCAGCUGACCAGACUAAAACCUCCACAAACUGUGAGCCAAAAUAAACACUUUCUCCUUUAAGCUGU